AUGCCGGACUUCAAACCGCACGGCCUCGACCCAGGCUGGGCCGAGCCGGAAGCAGAGCGGGUGCAGGCCUUCUUCGGCAACCUAUCGGAGAGGUAUGUUCGUGACGAGCCACUGCUCGUCCACGACACCACUCGGGAAGAGCUGGCAUACAUUGCCGCCAGGGCGGAGGAGGCGGCAGUCGCUAAGGAGGCCGGCAGCGUCGGCACCGUGGAGGACGAGGCUGACACGGCCGCAGAAGAGAAAGAGCUCGCCGAGUGGGCGGGGUCUGCCGGGGAAGCCAGUGGCGCCGGCGCCGGGGCUCCCCUUGUUGAAGACGCAGUCAAGGAGUCGGCCAGAGAGGAGACCGAGGCAGGCGACUCCUCGGCCCCGGGGAGGAGACGCGUCCUGCGGCAGGCUAGCUCUAGCGAGCCGGUCCGGCCCGGUAGGACCACACGGCGGCAACAGGCCCAGGCGCAACCCGCGCGCAAGACAAGGACUGCGGCAGCGAAGGAAGUCGCGGCCGUCGCCUCUUCCUCAUCCAAGCAGCGUAGGACGCCGUCCCCUUCUCCUCCUCCUUCGGAUGGCACCUCGGAGGCCGAAUUCGACCUCGGGUCUUUCAGCUCAAAGAGGAAAAGGAGGCCAGAGGAGGAGGACGAGGACACGGAGACGCUGGCCCAGAGGGCGGCGAAGAAGGCCAGGGCUUCGACCGGCGACAAGUCCCCGGCGAGCACCCCGCGCACGCCGGCGUUGGUGGUGAUCAACCCGGACAAUAGCCCUCGGCAUCGAGGGGCGCAUCUUGGCGCUGACCUUGCCGGAUUUGCAGGAGGAGAGCAACAACAGGAGGAGCCAUUGAGGGCCGCCCCUGACACGCGGCCCCCAUCGAUCACGCCACCCAAAGGGGCGUCCCCGGCAAGGGCACCUACCACCGAGCCCACGCGCACGGAGGAAGAGGAGGUGAGCUUUGGUGCCGGUGGCUCCGUCUCGGCAACGAACGUUGGCGGGGAGGGAACUACUUCUUCUCACCUCGGCACGGACCCUCCGUCGACGGACCAGGAGGACAUCGACACCGUCAUCGGGGAGGUCGGCAAGGAUGUCGAAGCCGAGGCCGCCAAGAUCGCGGCUGGGGAAGCCGCCAAGUCCGCCGCCGAGGAGGCCACCAAGGGGCUUGCCGGGGAGACCGGCGAGACCGCCGCCGGGGGGCCGGCAAGGGGUCUGCCGAGGAGCCCGGCAAGGGGCCUCCAGGGGAGCCCGGCAAGGCCGCUACCGAGGAGGCCACCAAGGGGUCCACUGAGGAGGAGGUGGCUAACGACCAGCCUUCCUCCCCCGCAGCCCCCGCCCGGGCAAGUACCUGAGGGUGGACGAUGA